GGAUGACAGCGAGCAACGCCGCCGGUGGGUCGGACGCAGGAGAGGGAGCCACAGCUAUUUAAAGGGAGUCUAACGGGGGAGGGUGAUGGAUAAAUAACCCAGGAUCCACAGCGCUGAGUAACCACUCUAAACAUCGCUACAUCACAUCCCGUUCUCUAGCUUCUCACGAUUCAACCUCCUCUGUCUCCGUGUCUAUCUACUGGUUAUUGUUGUUUAGAGAGGCAGAGAGAAGCGGUUCAGGGUUUUUCUUUCUCUUGUUCGCCAUAUCAACUUCCUCAGAGGGGUUUGUCUCUUGUCUCUCCUCUCCUGGAUAUAUUGCCCCAUCAAACUAACAGGCAGCUUCCGUAGAACAGCGGCAGCUUCUCUUUGGCUACUGCGAGGGGCCGCUUCGGGGGAACUAUGGGGAAAGACUAUUAUAAAAUCCUGGGGAUAGUGAAAGGAGCGGCUGACGAGGACAUUAAAAAGGCGUACAGAAAACAGGCUCUGAAAUGGCACCCGGACAAAAACAAAGCGGCCAACGCCGAGGAGAAAUUUAAGGAGAUCGCCGAGGCAUAUGAAGUCCUCAGUGAUCCGAAGAAAAGGGAGAUAUAUGAUCAGUAUGGAGAAGAAGGUCUCAAAGGAGGUGGCGGCCCCGGCAACGGUCCAGACGGACAGGGCAGCAACUUCACCUCUUACACGUUCCACGGCGACCCCCAUGCUACCUUCGCCACCUUCUUCGGCGGCGCCAACCCGUUCGAGAUGUUCUUCGGCCGUAAGGCCAACGGACGCGGUCCAGGCGGCGGGGACGACGAGGACAUGGAGGUGGACGGCAACGACCCGUUCGGUUCCUUCACCUCGUUUAAUCUCAACGGGUUCCCUCGGGACCGUCACGUGGGGCUGGGCGGGCAGCAGAGGAGGAAGCAGGACCCGGCCGUUCAUCACGAGCUGCGGGUAUCGCUGGAGGAAGUGUUUCAUGGUUGCACCAAGAGGAUGAAGAUCAGCAGGAAGAGGAUGAACCCUGACGGACGGACCAUGAGGACGGAGGAUAAGAUUCUCACCAUAGAGAUUAAGAGAGGGUGGAAGGAGGGGACCAAGAUCACGUUCCCCAGAGAAGGAGACGAGUCGCCCAAUACCAUCCCUGCUGAUAUCGUGUUCGUCAUCAAGGACAAGCCCCACAUGCACUUUAGAAGGGAGGGGUCGGACAUCGUGUACCCGGUGAAAGUUAGUCUACGACAGUCGCUGUGUGGUUGCUCUGUGACGGUGUCUACGAUAGACGGGAAGACGUGUAACAUGAAGAUCACGGAUGUGAUAAAACCUGGCACGAAACAGACUGUAGCAGGACAGGGCCUCCCCUUACCCAAGAACCCCGAGCAGAGAGGUGACCUGGUGGUGGAGUUUGACGUCAACUUUCCAGAGAACCUCCCCAGCAACGCCAAGGAUGUCCUGAAGAGGCAUUUACCUGUAUCCUAGAAGAACAGACAUGGAUACAGACACAAACACAGACACACCUGGACAACAGAAAGAAAGGGGUGACAUCAGCAUGCCAGCUCUCACAUUCUCCUCUUCUUCUCUCCUCUCUCUCUCUCAUCCUCCUCUCUCUCUCUUCUCUCUAUCCUCCUCUCUCCUCUCUCUCUCUCCUCUCUCUCAUCCUCCUCUCUCCUCUCUCUCAUCCUCCUCUCUCCCCUCUCUCUCUCAUCCUCAUCUCUCCUUUCUCUCUCUCCUCUCUCCUCUCUCAUCCUCCUCUCUCUCUCUCUCCUCUCUCUCAUCCUCCUCUCUCCCCUCUCUCUCUCAUCCUCAUCUCUCCUUUCUCUCUCUCCUCUCUCCUCUCUCAUCCUCCUCUCUCUCUCUCCUCUCUCUCAUCCUCCUCUCUCCUCUCUCUCCUCUCUCUUAUCCUCCUCCUCUCCUCUCUCCUCUCUCCCUCCCUCUCUCUCAUCCUCCUCUAUCCUCUCUCUCUCAUCCUCCUCUCUCCUCACACAUAAGGACAAUGAUGAAUGUUCACAGAUGAAACCCCUUUCUAAAUGAAUGUUAAUAUAAUUGAUAUAGGUUGAUGUUUUUUCUAUAUGCCAUGCAUGCAGUCCGAAUGAGUGUGUUGAUAUCUGAACAUGACUUAACUGAUAUCUGAACAUGACUUAACUGAUAUCUGAACAUGACUUAACUGUGUGGAUUCUUUCCACAUUCACCUCUCUGUUUUCUAUGAUAUGGUGAAAACCUUUAGUCCCAAAUAGCACCCUAUUGUCUAUUUAGUCCCAAAUAGCACCCUAUUGUCUAUUUAGUCUCAAAUAGCACCCUAUUGUCUAUUUAGUCCCAAAUAGCACCCUAUUGUCUAUUUAGUCUCAAAUAGCACCCUAUUGUCUAUUUAGUCUCAAAUAGCACCCUAUUGUCUAUUUAGUCCCAAAUAGCACCCUAUUGUCUAUUUAGUCCCAAAUAGCACCCUAUUGUCUAUUUAGUCCCAAAUAGUACCCUAUUGUCUAUUUAGUCCCAAAUAGCACCCUAUUGUCUAUUUAGUCCCAAAUAGCACCCUAUUGUCUAUUUAGUCCCAAAUAGCACCCUAUUGUCUAUUUAGUCCCAAAUAGCACCCUAUUGUCUAUUUAGUCCCAAAUAGCACCCUAUUGUCUAUUUAGUCCCAAAUAGCACCCUAUUGUCUAUUUAGUCCCAAAUAGCACCCUAUUGUCUAUUUAGUCCCAAAUAGCACCCUAUUGUCUAUUUAGUCCCAAAUAGCACCCUAUUGUCUAUUUAGUCCCAAAUAGCACCCUAUUCCCUGUUUAGUCCCAAAUUUCACUCUAUUCCCUUUAUAGUGUGCUACUUAUGACCAGGGCCUAUACGGCGGAAUAGGAGGCCAUUUGGAAAGUCACAUUAUAUAGUGUAUUAGAGGUUGACCUCUAUACUAUAUAAUGUAACACAACAUGUGGGAGUGGAGGGAUUUGUUUGGCCCCUUUUCAAACCUGCACGCGUCUGUCCUUUCAAUGUAUAUAAUGUAUAUAAUUUAUAAUGGCCUCAUUGUUCUGGGUAACAUUCACAUGACAUUUCCUGACCCAUUAAGUCAGCUAGCUACAUCGUGGAAACAAAGUACUGUACGUAUUUUCAUAAUAAACAUUUGUAACCCAACGUACUAGACAACGGGGAGGAAACGA